CACUACUUGCCAGAGUUGCUCGAUCAAUUGACGUAGUAGCUCCGAAGCCACCUUACACCAUGGUAUCCAAGGUGAUCUUUUGCGCGCUCUUCGCCGUCGUGGUUGCGCAGCGCCAGCAGGCACAGCUGCCAACACACGGAGUUCCUGCCACAGACGAUGGGGAUGACGGUUCCUGGACUGAGGAAAAGUACGAAGCUCCAGUCAGCAACGAUGUAGGAGGCCGACAGUUCGCAGCUCAGCCCCAAUACAGGUCUCAACCUCAACCUCAGUACCAAGCACCGGCCCCACAGCCUCAGUACAGGCCACAACCUCAAGCUCAACCUCAAUACCAACCACCAGCACCACAGCCCCAGUACAGACCGGCCCCUCAGGCCCAGCAGUACCAAGCCCCGGCUCCACAGCCUCAAUACAGGCCACAACCACAACCACGACCUCAACCUCAACCACAGUACAGACCUCAGCCACAGCAAUACAGCCAGAGCGGUGACUCCAGGAAUGCCGCUAUCCUUAGCGAGGCUCGCUACCUCCAGGGAGACGGUAAGUUCGGCGCCGCCUACACUCAAGACGAUGGAGUAGAGUUCAAGGAAGAGUCCGACGCCGAUGGAACCAGAAGAGGAACCUACAGUUGGGUCGACCCCACCGGAGAGAGGCGCACCGUGAGCUACGUCGCUGGCAAGAACGGAUUCCAGGCAACUGGCGCCCACCUCCCAGUGGCCCCUGCAGGCCCAGCAGCAGCCGCUCCGGAACCACAACCUCAGUACCGUCCGGAACCUCAGCAAUACCAAGCCCAACCUGAAUACCGACCCCAACCUCAAUACAGGCCGCAGUCCCAGGCUCCUUCUUCUAACGGAUUGUACGAUGUACAGUCUAGCUACUAAUCGAUUCUGUUUGUAAAUGAGUGUUCCCUUUCAAAAACCUUCACUCCUGGUUUGAGUUCCUCUACUUUAGGUCGGAGUAAGGUGCUAGAGUAAUGUAAAUUAUUAUUUAUAAAUUUUAAAUAAAAAUAAAUUAUUGUCCUGGACGGUCAACUAGAGGCUCCAAAUCUUUGACCAAUCCUAUUGCCAUAACCAUAUCCACAGCUCCUUUAUAUGUUGGAAAUUCCAG